AUGCUCCCUGAUCCCAUUGAACUCCCUGAACAACGCGCGGUGUUCUUCCCCGAGCUCGUCGGGCGCGGGCCGCCCCCGCCGGCGCCGCCGCCGGCCUCUCGACGUCCGGCUUUGAUGCCACCGCCGCCGCCUGCGAGGCGGGCCCAGCCGCCCGUCGCGGCUCCGGACGACGACGACGACCGCUCGGUCGCCUCCUCGUUUCCGCGACCUCGGCAGCGCUCGGCAUUUCCAGCUCGGCGACGCCCUUCGCUCUGCCCGCCGACGACGGCGAAGAUCCAUCGGACGACGGCGGCGACGACGAGGGCUGGUUCGAGGACGGCGACUCGGACGGUGACGGCACAUCACCGCAGGCGGACGAAGACGGCGGCGAGCGGACGACGUCGUCGCGGUUCUGGGGCGUGACGUGGGUUCGGAAAGACAAGAAGUGGAGGGCGCAAUAUUCGGGCGAGGACGGCAAGACGAUCUACAUCGGCCAAUUCGACGACGACGAGGAGGCCGCGCGCGCGGUCAAUAAGGCGAUUCGCGACGCCGGCCUCGAAGGCAAGCGCAAAACGAACGCAGUCGACGCGACGGGCGCACUGGUGCCGCGUGUGCGGCAAAUGAGCAAGCCGCGCGACCGCUCCGCCGUCGUCGCCCCGGACCCGGCGCGCGACCCGACGGAGUCGACGUCCAAGUUCUGGGGCGUGUCCUGGGACAAGAACGGGCGACGGUGGAUGGCGACCUACAACGACGCGACCGGCAAGAAGCGCUGGAUCGGCCUCUUCGACACCCAGGAGGCCGCCGCGCACGCCGUCAACGCGGCCAUCCGGCGCGCGGGCCUCGCAGGGAAACGGCGCAUGAAUGCGGUCGUCGACGGGCAGCUGGUGCCCAAAAAGCGCAAGGCGAAUGGGCACGGGCCCGAAGCGUUGCGCAAGCGUCGCCGCCGCCUCGUAGGCGACUCCCCGUAA